AUGGACCAGCGUGUAAGAUUGAUAUUUACACAAAAACCCCGUUCGAGUAAUAAUGACCAUAGCAGUGGUCUUUUAUAUGCACUAGGCUCCGUCGAUCGACCGCAUCGAAACUCCGUAAAAAAAAAAACAUGGGUCGCGCGUUCUUAUUAUCAUAUGAAGAUGGAUUCCCUAAACGUGAAAGUGCAACAGAAACUCAAAGAACUCGAAAGCCUUCAGCAGAUAAGAGACUUGACGAAACACCUGAAUGUCUCACUUGAAGAGUUCGCUGGCCAAAUAGAGCUUCUGGGUGAAGAAGCAGGAAGCAUUGAAACCGUGACACAAAAUUGGAUGAGAAUCAUCAGAGCAGUGAGCCUGGCCUCUAACUCGUUGUCGAACUACAAGGAAGAGGACUAUGAAACAGAGAGACCAAUGACAGAGCGCCUUGUGAGAUGCAAAAUAGAUGAGAGUCAAAAAAUCAUCACCAAAAAUUAA